AAAUUCUUUGUAAACAGUUUUCUCUAACUACAUGUCAACUUGUCACUCAGUCUAGUCCAUACAUGCCGAUCGAGAUACAUGUACUUUCAAGGAAGAGAUCGUCAUUCUGCAAUUCAUUAAACUGAAUAAUGGCAUCCUCAAAGUGGGCAGAGCUUGGUGUGGUACCAGAAGUGAUUGACGUAGCCCCGCCCCUCAGAGCUGAGGUCGUCUUCCCUUCAGGCGUGUCAUGUGACUUUGGGAAGGAGCUUACACCGACACAAGUGAAGGACAUGCCUCACAUCACAUUCCCAGCUGAAGAGGGCGCUCUUUACACCAUCAUCAUGACGGACUGGGAUGCGUCGGAGAGCGUGAGGGAAAUCCAUCACUUCAUGAUGGUGGACGUGUCGAACGGAGACUCCAAGACUGGCACGGUCUGUUCCGAGUACAUCGGGUCAGGGGCACCAGAGGGCACAGGUCUUCAUCGCUAUUGCUUUCUCAUCUACAAGCAGCCAUCAGGAUUCAAACCUGCCGGGCCUCAUCGCCCAUAUAGCCGUGAACGACGGAUCAAAUUCUGCUUGAAGCGUUACGCUGCGGAGAACAACCUAGGUGACCCGGUGGCGGGGAACCUCUUCCGAGCUCAGUACGAUGACUGGGUGCCAAAGCAGAAGGCUGCGUUAGAAGCAGCAACCAAGACUCAAAACUUACAGUUUUUUUCAUAGAGAUUUGCCCAGGUCGUUACAGAUAUCCUCAGUCACGGCGACCAGACAAACACCAAGGGGGUGUUUCACAAAACUUGUCAUCAGUGACAAAUGACAGUUUUUGUUAUAAGCUACUGAAAUCCUUGCUUCUGAUUGGUUAUCAGCAGAUUUGUCACUGAUUUUUGUCAUUUGUCAUUGAAAAAAGGCUUUGUGAAACACCCCCCCCCCCCCCCAGAACAAAAUUGGAUUACCCUAAAUGACCACAGAUUUGUCAGUUUUGAAUCAGUGUGCAUUUGUCUAGCAUUGUGACUGAGGAAUAUAUAGAUGCCAGUUUUGAAAUACAACUUCUGUGUGAGCAGACAAAGGUCAUUUAUACCGAGUUGUAAACCAUUUGGGAAAUAUACAGGAUAAAUGUUCAUGAAAGUUAUGUAAUCUUUUUUUCACUUAUGCACAAAUGAUGUAUCCUUCAUUAUUUUGUAAAUGAAUAAUGAAAGCUCUUCAUGAAGUACUUCAUCACGUCUGAAGGGAACAUUCUAAACUUUCAAAGUGGGACCUCUCUGUCGUGUAAACUAUAGAUGCAUAUUUGAGAUCAAUCGUACCAUGUGUUAAGUACAAACUGGUCUAUAAUCAGGAAUUUAUAUACAAGAAAUUUUAAUAUCUUUUAUCAAUGGAACACUUGUUUUGUAUAUUAAAUGUCAUGGAUUUAUAUUUCUAUAUUGUAACAUUUAGAUAUUUUCUUUUAUGCUCGUGGUCAGUAUAACAAACUUUUUAAAAGUGAAAUUAUGUCAUAUUGAUAAAAUGUGAACAAUUUUGGGACAAAAACAAUGCAACUAAGGACUUUAAUUUGGUGCAAUAUUACCUCAAAAUUCAACAUUCAGUUUAAGGAAUUAUAUAUACACCAGAUUUGAUGUGUUUUCUGAGCAGACUUGAAAUAAUUAAGUAUUAGUGAAAAGAGUUUAUUAUGUGAUAUCAAAUAAUUAAAGGCCUAGUCUAUUUUUCUGCUGGAAGUUGAGAAUGAAACAGAAUUGGAAGCAAUUUAGGUUAGGUACUGUAUAUGGUGAAAUGAAUAAGACUUGAGAUAUUAGUGAACACAGAAUGUAUGUUAUAAAGUGCAGUACUAUUUUUCCAUCGCUUGUGAUAGCAUUGAAUGUUCGAAAAUAUGACAUCAUGAUAUGAAAUAAAUUUACAUGAUAGA